AUGGAGCCCGUCGGGAGCCAGGAGCCGGCGGCGCCCGCGGCGCAGCUGGUGGAGGUGGUGCUGGAGACGGCGCCCGAGGCCGGGGUGACGGGCAUCAGCCUGGCCGGCGGUGGCAAGGAGGGCAUCUACGUGCGCGACGUGCAGCGUGACUCCAGCGCCGCCAAGGGCCUGCGGCUCCGGCAAGGCGACCGGCUGCUCAGCGCGCGCGUCUUCUUCGACAACGUGCGCGCCGAGGACGCGGCGCGGCUGCUGCAGAGCGCACAGCCCUGCAAGGUCUCCCUGUGCCUCAAGCGCACCGUGGCCAGCAGCGAGGCCGCCGUGCAGCCCGGGGGCAGGGGGCCCAGAGCCAAGGUGGCCCGGCUGAGCAUCAAGAGCCUGACGCCCCUGAGGAGGAAGAAGAAGAAGGUGCCGAGAGCGGCGGCGGCGGCGCCCGCGGGGCCCGUGGACGUGGAGUUCUCCCUGCCCGGGCUCUCGCGGAAGAUGUUCCAAGCCAGUUGCUCCCCUCUUCCCUUUCCCAUCUAA